GAAGAGAAACUGUAUUAAUUUUAAUAGCUAUGCCAGCUCCAUUGGGCCAUAAGCUCUGUUUUACUGUCAUUUGCGGAGUGCAUGCAAAUCUCCUGGGAAAAUCACCGUUUUAUAGGGCACGGCCCAAGGAAGGCAAAGACAGAGUUGAGGGAAGGCUGCUGGCUCCCUCUGCUGCCUUCUACCCACUUGGUUGCACACGGAAAACGAAAGGGAAACAAAAGUGGAAACCGAGGGCUUGGCCCGAGGCCUACAGCAGUCCCAGAUCCUAAAUCCUCCCAGACCAGCGGGGAAGAUUCUAGAUGGAUGCGUCGUUUUUCCUCAUUCCUGACCUUACUCCUGAUGCCCCGGGCUACACUCUUCUAUAUAAGCUGGUCAAGGCCAUCUUCAAAGGACUAAUACAAAUCAUGCAUACGUGGAAUAAGGACAAUGGCAGAUCCGUCAAGCCUUCACAACCCCACUCAGACCAAGACUCAUUUCUAGGUGAAGACAUGUUUCCAGACCAACGCUCGUAUACAGGUCGAGACUCCUUUUCAGAUCAAGACUCGUUGCCAGAUGAAGACUCCAAAGAGUUUGUUGGAUUGAUCAACCAAGGUUUGACCUGCUAUAUGAAUGCUCUGCUUCAGUGUCUUUAUCUGACACCAGAGUUCCAGGAAAAAAUCAACGAGGAGCCUCCUUGGUCAUCUACGGCUGAGGAGCAACUCAGCCAGGUAUUUAGGAAUCUGAAGAAAAAGAAAUAUUCCGUGGAAACCCGGGGACUCACUCAGUGCCUGAAGCUGAGCCCUACCCUUCAAAGAGACGUCACUGAAAUCUUUCAUCUUUUACUCUCCCGCUUAGCUAGAGAUGACUUAAUGAAGGUGUUCGAGAGCACGCUGUUGAAUACUACCGUGUGUCAGGAAUGUCAGUACGUUGAGAGUGUUGAAGCCGGAAGAAAAAUGCUUCUUGUCUCUCUGCCUAUAAACAGUGACACUGUCAGUGUGAAAGCAGCUCUCGACAAUUUCCUCCAAGAAACAACUUUUGGUGAUCAGGACAACAUGUUUUUCUGUGGACGGUGUGAUCGGAAGACUCCAGCUAACAUGAAACAGACGUUCACGGCCCUCCCUCCGGUUCUGGCCGUGCAGCUCAGGAGAUUUGAACUGAGGCACGGGAGACUUCAGAAAUCAAAUAUUCCCAUUGAAGCCUCCCAAACCUUGGCGCUUCAAACUAAUGAGAAGGAAAAGAAACAGUACAAGCUCUUUGCUGUUUGCCAUCAUCAUGGAACUCACGUUGGCGGCCACUACACAGCCCACAUCCGCCCUGCUCAACAUAACAGAUGGUACCAUUUCGAUGACCAGAAGGUUACUGCGAAUGAACAGUUUGAAGAAGAGGCAGUCAAAAGGUCCGCUUAUUUGCUGAUGUAUCGCCAGGAGAGAUUCAAACCAGGAGCAGAGAGAACUGGGGCAGCGGCGAUGUUGACCAAGCCCAGGAAGAAAGCAAGGAAGCCAAAUGGAGAUUAUCAGCACUUAUCACGACACUCUUAUGAAGCAGAACCUCACACCGGGAGCACUGGUGAUAAGGGGCCCCAGAGCCUGGAAGAACAGAUGAUUUCAGGCGCGAGGGGAAAGGGUGCAAGAGUGGAGAAGCAUAGCUCAGAUGGGGAGCCUACCUUGAAUAAUUCCCAGGGAAAUCCCACGGGGAUAUCAGAACCAUUUCUAACUCCCAGCCUCCCAAGCCCACAGCAUUCUGGGAGAUCCAGGCCUCAGGGAUACCAAAGGGAGUCCUCACAGCCCAGUGAAUUGUCUGAUGGGGUUAGGAGGAGCAGGGAGGAAUUAGUAUAUCCCAGCCCACAAAGGAUCUCUCCUGACAGUAUCCACCAAAAGAGUCCCUUGGAGUCACAGUGGUCCCCAAAGACAAACCCAAUCCAAGGACCUCAUGGGCCACACCCCAUAGGUCCCUUUACACAGAAGGAGACCUUGGACCAAAAUUGGAUCAAGGGACAGAGGUCUGGGACCUUUGACCCCCCACCAGUCAAACCAGGAAACAGAAACAGGACGAUGGGGCAAGAUGCAGACGGCCACACAUUGGGCCAGUACCACCCCGGGGACCUUUUACAAUCUGUCUCCACCAAGAGCGCAGCUGAUAGGGGGCCUGAAAGCCAGGAAGAACAGAGGCCAAUCUCAAGGGCAGAGGGUGCAGGAAUUGAGAAGUGUAGCCCAGAUGGGGACCAGCCCAUGGAUGAAGCAGAACCUCACACUGGGAGCACUGGUGAUCAGGGACCCAAGAGCCAGGAAGAACGGAUGAUGCCAGGAGCGAGGGGAGAGGGUACAGGAAUACAGAAGUAUAGCCCUGAUGGGGAGCCUCCCUUGAAUAAUUCCCAGGAAAAUCCCACAGAGAUGUCAGAGUGUUUUCUAACUUUCAACCACCAAAGCUCACAGCAUUCUGGAGGAUCUAGACCUCAGGGAUACCACAGGGAGUCCUCACAACCCACUGCAUUCUCUGGUCGAGGAGGGAGGAGUGGGGAGGAACUAGGACAUCCCAGCCCCCCAGGGAUCCGCCCUGACAGUAUCCACCCAAAGGAUCCCUCGGAGUCACAGUGGUCCCCCAAAACAAACCCAGUACAAGGACCUGAUGGGCCACAGCAAAUAGGUCCCUUUGCACAGAAGGAGAGCUUGGAACCAAUAUGGAUCAAGGGACAGAGGUUUGACUCCUACUCAGAACCCCCCCAGGGAACCUGUGGCCUCCCACCAGUCAGUCUAGGAAACAGAAGCAGGAUCACAGGGAAAGAUGCAGAAGGCCACCCGAUAGGCCAGUACCUCUCCAGGGACCCUGUACAGUUUGUCUUCCCCAAGAGAGCUGCUGAUGGGGGACCUGAGAGCCAGGAAGAACGGCUGAUGCCAGGCAUAGAGGUAGAGGGUGCAGGAAUGGAGAAGCAUAGCCCAGACUGGGAGCCUCCCUCGAAUAAUUCCCAGGGAAAUCCCAAUGGGAUGUCAGAACCUCUUCGAACUCCCAGCCUCCCAAGCCCACAGCAUUCUGGGAGAUCCAGGCCUCAGGGAUACCACAGGGAGUCCUCACAGCCCAAUGAAUUCUCUGAUGGGGUCAGGAGGAGCAGGGAGGAAUUAUUAAGAUAUCGCAGUCCACAAGGGAUCUCUCCUGACAGUAUCCACCAAAAGAGUCCCUUGGAGUCACAGUGGUCCCCAAAGACAAACCCAAUCCAAGGACCUCAUGGGCCACACCCCAUAGGUCCCUUUACACAGAAGGAGACCUUGGACCAAAAUUGGAUCAAGGGACAGAGGUCUGGGACCUUUGACCCCCCACCAGUCAAUCCAGGAAACAGAAACAAGAUAAUGGGGCAAGAAACAGAAGGCCACCCAAUGGGCCAGUACCACCCCGGGGACCUUUUACAAUCUGUCUCCACCAAGAGAGCAGCUGAUAGGGGGCCUGGAGGCCAGGAAGAACAGGGGCCAAUCUCAAGGGCAGAGGGUGCAGGAAUUGAGAAGUGUAGCCCAGAUGGGGACCAGCCCAUGGAUGAAGCAGAACCUCACAUCCGGAGCACUGGUGAUCAGGGGCCAGGCAGCCAGGAAGAACAGAUGAUGCCAGGCACAAGGGGAAAGGGUGCAGGAAUGGAGAAGCCUAGCCCAGAAGGGGAGCCUCCCUUGAAUAAUUCCCAGGGAAAUCCCACAGAGAUGUCAGAGUGUUUUCCAACUCUCAACCACCAAAGCUCACAGCAUUCUGGAGGAUCUAGACCUCAGGGAUACCUCAGGGAGUCCUCACAGCCCACUGAAUUUUCUGGUCGAGGAGGGAGGAGCGGGGAGGAACUAGGACAUCCCAGCCCCCCAAGGAUCCGCCCUGACAGUAUCCACCCAAAGGAUCCCUCGGAGUCACAGUGGUCGCCAAAAACAAACCCAGUACAAGGACCUGAUGGGCCACAGCAAACAGGUCCCGUGGCACAGAAGGAGAGCUUGGAAGAACUGAUAUCGUUCAAGGGACAGAGGUUUGGCACCUACUCAGAACCCCCCCAGGGAACCUGUAGCCUCCCACCAGUCAGUCUUGGAAACAGAAACACGAUGACGGGGCAAGAUGCAGAAGGCUACCCGAUGGGCCAGUACCCCUCCAGGGACCCUGUACAGUUUGUCUUCCCCAAGAGUGCUGCUGAUAGGGGACCUGAGAGCCAGGAAGAACGGCUGAUGCCAGACAUAAAGGUAGAGGGGGCAGGAAUGGAGAAGCGUAGCCCAGACUGGGAGCCUUCCUCGAAUAAUUCCCAGGGAAAUCCCAAUGGGAUGUCAGAACCUCUUCGAACUCCCAGCCUCCCAAGCCCACAGCAUUUUGGGAGAUCCAGGCCUCAGGGAUACCAAAGGGAGUCCUCAUGACCCACUGAAUUCUCUGAUGGGGUAAGGAGGAGAAAGGAGGAAUUAGGAUAUCCCAACCCCCAAAGGAUCUCCCCUAACAGUAUCCACCAAAAGAGCCCCUUGGAGUCACAGUGGUCCCCAAAGACAAACCCAAUCCAAGGACCUGAUGGGCCAUACCCCAAAGGUCCCUUUACACAAAAGGAGAGAUUGGAACAGAAUUGGAUCAAGGGACAGGGGGUUGGGACCUUUGGCUCCCCACCAGUAAAUCCAGGAAACAGAAACAGGACGAUGGGGCAAGAUGCAGAAGGCCACCCCAUGGGUCAGUACCGCCCCAGAGACCUUUUACAAUCUGGCUCCACCAAGAGCACAGCUGAUAGGGGGUCUGAAAGCCAGGAAGAACAGAGGCCAAUCUCAAGGGCAGAGGGUGCAGGAAUGCUGAAGCAUAGCCCAGGCGGGGACCUUCACAAGGAUGAGUAAGGCACCUUCGUGAGUAGCUCUCUGAUAAGUGGCUACCUUUUAUUCCGGGGAGUGUUGGGAAAGGGAACUCAAGAUUUAAAGAAAAACGAGAAGCAGCGUGGCCUCGGGUUUAGAGCUUUGGCAUGGGAGUCAGAAGGACCUGAGGGGGUUU